AUGAGAUCAUUUUCACCUAUCCCACCUGAAAGAUCUUUAACUGAAAUGACCUUGACUACUGGAGUUGCAUCUACUAAUUUGGCUAAUAGUACAACAAAAACUGGGGGUGGUGGUGGUGGAGGUUUAGAAGAUGGCUCAAAGACUACGCUGGUGAUUGGUGGGGUCGUGCUUUCUCAUGCUACUCUUACUGGUGCUAAGAAUGAGUUGGUCAGAGACUCAGUGAAUCAUAGUUUUAUGGAUGAUGUAUCUAUUACUUCGCAUUUAGGUGAACCAAUCAUCCGAGCUAGGUGUAAAGAUUAUGUGAGUAGGUUUGUAAGAGUAGCUUAUAGAUGGGGAGAAGAUCAUUUGGGUACAUCUUCAAUUUCACCAAAUACAAAACCAAUUGCCUUCCAACGUGUUUGUAUUUGA